GAGCCAUGAUAAGCAUUACUGGUUGUUAGGCCUAGGACUCUCUGUGCCUCUCCCACAGAUUCUGUCGCCUACGUGUCACUGGGGGAGAACGAGCUUUUGGCCGGAGUAAAAGACUGCCCUCGGAAUCCAAAGCGUUUCAUAGACCUUAAAGAAGAGAAUGUCGAGACGCAGUAGCCGUUUACAAGCUAAGCAGCAGCAUGCCCAGCCCAGCCAGCCAGACUCCCCGCAAGAAGCCCAGAUAAUUCAGGCCAAGAAGAGGAAAACAGCACAGGAUGUCAAAAAAGGAAAAGAGGAGAUCACCAAGAAGCAUCAGUACGAGAUUCGGAAUUGUUGGCCGCCUGUACUGUCUGGAGGAAUCAGUCCUUGCAUUAUUAUUGAAACACCCCAUAAAGAAAUAGGAACAAGCGACUUCUCUAGAUUUACAAAUUACAGAUUUAAAAACCUUUUUAUUAAUCCUUCACCUCUGCCAGAUUUAAGCUGGGGAUGUUCACAGGAGGUUUGGCACAACAUGCUGCAGAAGGAGAGCAGAUACGUACAUGGCAAACAUUUUCAAGUUCUUCACUCUGACCUGGAACCACAGAUGAGGUCAAUACUUUUAGACUGGCUUUUAGAGGUAUGCGAAGUCUACACACUUCAUAGGGAGACAUUCUACCUUGCCCAAGACUUUUUUGACAGAUUUAUGUUGACACAAAAAGAUGUAAAUAAAAAUAUGCUUCAACUCAUUGGGAUUACCUCAUUGUUCAUUGCUUCUAAACUUGAGGAAAUCUACGCUCCCAAACUCCAAGAGUUUGCUUAUGUCACUGAUGGUGCUUGCAGUGAAGUAGAUAUCUUAAAGAUGGAACUCAAUAUCUUAAAGGCUUUAAAAUGGGAACUUUGUCCUGUAACAGUCAUUUCCUGGUUGAAUCUUUUUCUCCAAGUUGAUGCUGUUAAAGAUGUUCCUAAGGUUCUUCUACCUCAGUAUUCCCAGGAGACAUUCAUCCAGAUAGCUCAGCUUUUAGAUCUGUGUAUCCUUGCUAUUGACUCGUUAGAAUUCCAAUACAGAAUUCUGGCAGCUGCAGCCUUAUGCCAUUUUACCUCCAUUGAAGUGGUUAAGAAAGCCUCAGGUUUGGAAUGGGAGGACAUUUCCGAGUGUGUAGACUGGAUGGUGCCUUUUGUCAGUGUAGUCAAAAGUAUAAGUCCAGUGAAGCUGAAGACCUUUAAGAAGAUAGCCAUGGAAGACAGGCACAAUAUCCAGACACAUACAAAUUAUUUGGCUUUGCUGAGUGAAGUGAACUAUGUGAGCACCUUCAGAAAAGCAGGGCAGUUGUCGCCAGUGUGUAAUGGCGGGAUUAUGACACCACCGAAGAGUACUGAAAAACCACCAAUAAAACCCUGAAGUUAACAUCAAAUUGGAAUUGAAAAAAUACUGAAUAAGGUUCAUACAAAUGAGUAAGUUUACAGGAAAGUAGUGUUGUGGCUAUCCUUGCCCACUGAGGAGUUACACUGCCAUUUUAUUUAAAAACUACAUCAGUUUGGUGGCACUAAAUGCCUAGGGUACAUGAAGCCGUGGGCUCAAUCCCCAGCACUACAAAAGAACAAAACAAACUUCCAAAAAAAAAAAAGUUGGCACUAAAGAAAUUUCCUCUAGCUGUUCAUAAGAAAAGAGGACUUGUUUACAGGGGUGACUUCACACCCAAGGACAGUGGCUAGAAGCCAGCAACAAUUGGUGCUAUAGCAGUUUGUUUGUUACUGUGUUUCUCUUGAUAAAGUAGGAUUUUAUCAUUGGACUAUGGACUAAACUAGUGAUACUCAAAAGAUACAUCACUGACACACAACUUUGAUUCCUAAGUUCCUACACUCUUGAAUGGUGCAAUUUGUCUUUUGAAAAUGAAAUUUAAACUUAUUUACAAAGAAUGUUUUGUAAUACAGUGACUAAUUUAUCUAAAGCUGUUUGUAACAAACAAUGAUAAAACUUGAAUUUUUACAAAUGGUGAAGCUCAAUCUGUUUUUAGUUUGUCUUACCAUAAUAUUUCUUAAUCAGUAAGGCAUGAACCAAAUGUUUAAACUGUUCUAAACAAUGGGAGAACCAAAGAAAUUAUAAACAAGAUAAAUGCUUUGGCUUCUGUGGGGUUUUACUUGAUCUAAAGGUUGCUUUAUGACCUUUUCAUACAUCACAUCUGGGUAAAACUUUAAUGCCUUUUCAAACUAUUUACAUAGGAAAGUCACUUUAUUGCACUAAGCUACCCCUAAGUAUUUUUGAAAUAUAGUGUGAAACUAAGGCUUUAUGUUUGCAAAACUGGCAGUCCAUUUUUAAGCCCCAUCUUAUGAGAUGAACUUAACAUAUGACCUAAACUUUCUAUUUUCUAUGGCAGAAAAAAUAUUAAAUGUAUACUGACUCCUAGAAAUCUAUUUAUUUAAACUUGUUGUAUAUAGAUUAGCUACUUAUACAUUAAAUAUUUUAAGUUAGCCUUUGAAAAAGAAAUUUGGGCCUAAAAAGUCAAUUUCAUUAGAAAAAAAUGACGCCAGGUUGCCAGACAUGAAAACCUUUUCUCCUUGAAGAAAUUGUGAACUAUUUGUUAAUGUGUGACGUUGUUGUAUAGUUUUUGUUAAUAAAACUAGUUUGCUUCAGUUUUUGUCUGAAAAGAAAACACCACUAAAUUGUACAUAUGUAUUAUAUAAACUUCAUCUUUUAAUACUGUUUACUUUUAGCCCAUGUUUAAAAAAUAAAAGUUUAAAAAAUUAA